AUGGGGCAAACCAUACCUGGGUGGAGACGAGGCAGUUCACAGAGCGUGGUGCUUGUCGGCGAGCGAGGGGGGAUGCUUGGCCGGCAGCAGCAGCAGCAGCAGCAGCAGCAGCAGCAGCAGCAGCAGCAGCAGCAGCAGCAGCAGCAGCAGCAGCAGCAGCAGCAGCAGCAGCAGCAGCAGCAGCAGCUACAGCCGCAGCUACAGCAGCAGGCAGGCGGCAGCAGCCUCUCUGGUUCCCCCCACUCCCCCAGUCAAACCGCGUCUGGACAAGUCAAUGCCGGUCAACGGGGCGGCGGUAUGGGCAGCGUUGGUGCAGCCGGCAUGGGCGGCAUGGGCGGCAGGCCGCAGGGGCGGCGGCGGUCGCUGGUGUCGCACUCGGGCGGCUUGACAGCUGGCCUGUCUCCUGGCCUAGCCGCUCGUUCUGGCCUCACUGGGAGCUCUUUUGCCAGUGGUGCCUUUGCUGGUGGUGGCACUGCUAUUGUAAGUGGCAGCAUCAACACCCACGCGGGCAGCAGCAGCAGCUUUAUCCGGGGCAGGAGCCGCACCAUCUCCACCACUACAGUCACAGCUGUAUCAGGGGCAGGCGGAGGGAGGCUGGGCGGAGCUGGAGGAGUAGGAGGAGGAGCAGGAGUGGGAGUGCUAGGAGGGGGAGCAGGAGGAGGAGGGGGGACGCUGUCGGCGCUGCCCCCGGCGCUGUCUCCACGUGCGUUGGCUCAGCUGGACCGCAGCUUUGGCAGUGAUGAGUCCAUGUCGUCCAGUGGUGAAGUGGUCAACGUGCUGCAUGAUGCUUCAGGCAGUGGUGCUGGCGGCAUGAAGGGCGUCUGUGCCAUUUGCCUAGAGCGUCAACGGGCAGGGAGAGGGCACGCGCUCUUCACAGCGGAGUGUGGGCACACCUUCCACUUCCACUGCAUCACGGCCAACGUGCGCCACGGCCACUCCGCCUGCCCACUCUGCCGCAAGCGCUGGCACGAGCACCGGAUUUCUGCUGUCCCACAUGCUGCUGCUGCUGCGGCUGCUACAGGUGGCACCACUCCUGCAGGAGCAGUUGUGCCUGUCCAGAUGUACCUCCCCCCUGUGGCGAAUCCGUACAUAGAGGACGGACCCGAGAGCCCAGACACCAGCGGCACGUAUGAUUCCGGGGAGAUUCGGGCGGCAGCUGCUGCCGCCCAGUCGAAAGCCUGGGCGGCACUGAGGAGGAGCAGGGGCGGGGGAGGAGGGGGAGCGGGAGGGGGCGGGGGAGGAGGGGGAGCUGUGCCAACAAGCACAGUGGGAGCAGCGCCUAUUCGAGUCCAUCCAGUGGCGCGAUCAACAGGAGGAGCAGGGGCAUCAGCAGCGGCACUGUUGCCAUGGCUCCCUGCCACGUCGUGCGAGGACCCUGACAGCACGACGUCGCUGCAGGAGUGGAUGGGAGGGCGGCAGGGAGCGGCGGCAUCAGACGUGGCAGCAGCAUUAGGCGCAGCAGAUGCCCCCCCAAGCGCCACAUACGGUGAGCUGAUUGCGGGAAGCAGCAGUCUCUCACUGCAAGCACCGCAACCACCACAGGUGCAGCAGCAGCAGCAGCAGAGUCUACUGAGGCAGGCGUCUAUAGUGGCGCAUGAACUGACACUAGGUCGCUCCAGAGCUGCCUCUGCCUUCCCCCGCUCCAAAAGCACCAGCGGCACUGCUGCUGCUGAUUCUGCUGCUGCUGCUGCUGCUGCUGGUAAUUCUGCUGCUGGUUCCCUUACAUCUGGUGCUAAUGCGGCCAAUGUUAGCAGCAGAAUCAGCAGCAGCAGUGGUGGCGGCAGCAGCAGCGGCGGGCUUAGAACGGCUUCCAGCCUUCCCACGCCCCCUGCUGCCAGUCACGCGGUGCCUUUACCAAGUGUGGCAGGGGAGGAGGCUGGGGAGGCAAGGGGAGGCAAGGCCGGCCCAGCCUAUGCUCCUCUGACACGUGGCAGCCUGCAGCCUCUCGCUGCCAUCCAUCCAGUGCGGCAGCAGAUGCUGCUGCCAGGGCAAGUAGGGGCGGAUGAUUCGCCUCGAGUGUACAACGAUGAUCAGAGCCUCAAUAGCCCCCCGGCUGCUGCCCCUGGCACCUCUGCUCUUGGUGCCAUCUCUUCUCCUGCUGCUGCUGGCGAUGCCGCCCCUGUUCCUAUCGGAGGUGCUACUACCACAGAUGGCGCCGUUUCUCCCACUGCUGGUUUGGUCGCCAGUGCCCCACGUGCUCUCUCACGCCUCUCUGCUGUUGGGUCGGCGGCAGUUGAGUCUGCGCCCCACCAGAAGACGCCUGCCUCAGAAAACGCCUCGUUCCCUGUCCAGCUGUCUGUGUGCGCGGAGCGCACGCCUCCCCCUUUCAUGGAAGUUUCCGAGUGUUACACCGUGCUGCUCACUCUUAAAGCCCCUCCGCUCGACCCUCCUGCUGCUGACUCCACCACUCCUGCCUCUCCUCCAACCGAACACCACCAGGGCUCACCGCUCCCCACCCCUGCCACCACCGAUGGAACCACUUCCACUAUCACUACUACCACUCCUGCCGCCCACUCAUCAAGAGUACCCAUCGAUUUAGUCACACUUUUGGACCUUAGCGGGAGCAUGCACGGGCCGAAGCUUCAGCUGCUGCAGCAGGCCAUGCUCUUCCUCAUCUCCCAGCUCGGCCCCCACGAUCGGCUCUCUAUAAUCACAUUCUCCUCACAAGCACACCGCGUGACGCCCCUCAGGAGGAUGACGGAGGAGGGGCGGCAGGAGGCGGAGGGGAAGGUGCGGGGGAUGGUGGCGGGGGGAGGGACGAAUAUCGCCCAGGGGAUGUUGAAGGCGUUGAGAGUGGUGGAGGAGAGGAGGGAGCGGAACCCGGUGGCGAGUAUCAUGCUGCUGUCCGAUGGGCAAGAUACCGCCACGUGCAGCCAGAAGGGGUUCGGAUACAGCUCUCUCAACCACCCCAAGCAAACCUACAGCCGCCUACUCCCCAGCCAGAUGACACGCAACAAGUCCUCCUCCUCUCAAGAUUCCUCCUCCUCCCGGCGUCUAGUCCCCGUGCACACCUUUGGCUUUGGUGCCGACCACGACGCUGCCGCCCUGCACGCCAUAGCCGCCGACACAGCUGGCGUCUUCUCAUUCGUCGAGGAGCCGGCCAGCGUGACCGCCGCCUUUGCGCAGUGCCUGGGCGGCCUGCUGUCUGUCGUUAUCCAAGAGGCCAAGAUCUCGUUCGCGGUGGGAUCGGAUCUCCCCGGGUGGCAGAUCGCGGCAGUACAUGCGGGGGGGUAUGCAUACAGAGUGGGGGAGAAGGAGAGGGAUGGAGCGGUGCUGCUGGGGGAUCUGUAUGCAGAGGAGGAGCGGCACGUGAUGCUGGAGGUGUGGCAGAGACGACAGAUGGAGGACAAAUCCCGAGCCAGGGACACGUCAGCAAAAACAGCACAGCGCGACAUGUGUCGCAUUCUGAGAGCACGGUGCAGCUACAGAUGCCGCCCGCUGUUCCAGGAAACCCACCGCACACCGCUGGUAGAGCUGGCCGUAGCACGAGCGGAGGAGGAGGAGGAGGAGGAGGAGGAGGAGGAGGAGGAGGAGGAGGAGGAGGAGGAGGAGGAGGAGGAGGAGGAGGAGGUGGAGGAAGGGUGGGAGGAAGAAGGGCGCAUGUGGGAGGAGGGUGCAGAGGGGGAGUGGUAUGAUGAACAGCAUGGGCAGGAGGAAGGGGAGUAUGGGGCGCACAGCAGCGGGCAUGAUAGCUUUGCGGCGGCGCUCGCAGCAGCAGGCGGGUGGGACAGUGGCGCGCAGGGAAGCAGCAGGCAGGCCAGUGGCAGGCAAGAAGGGGCGUCCCAUGGUGUGUCGCCGCCAGUGUCAGGAGCUAUGGAGUCUGGACGGCAGGGGGGAGAAGGGAGGAGGAGAAAUGCCGAGGUGGCGAGGGUGAGGAGGAAGAAGGCUCCUCCGCCCUUGGCUCUGGAGAGGCAGAAGAACCGACUUGCCGCCACCAAAUGCAUCACUGCAGCGUUGCAGCAGGCAGAGGCGGGCAGCCUGGCAGCAGCACAGCGCACCAUACAGCAAGGCGUGGCAGCCAUCCAAUCGUCUUAUGCCAUGCAGCAAGGGGAUGAGGCAUCAAUGCAUUUGAUUGACGAGCUGAUGGAGAUCGAGAGACGCAUGUGCAACAUGCAGACGUACAAGGGAGCAGGUCUGGCGUAUGCUCUCUCUGCGCAGUCAGCUCAUCUGCUGCAGCGAGCAAACACGAGGGGGGGAGGGGCCGCAGCAGACAGCACAGCUGGCCUCGACUACAUGACGCCUUCAAUGGUCAACAUGCUGCAUAAGUCACGAGCACACAGCGCUGCCUUCACAACAUCCCCCUCCUCCUACCCAUCCUCCUCGUCUCGCCACACUCAUCCUAACCGCCCCACACUCCCUCAAACACACCCUUCACCACACGCCUCACCUCAUCUGGAGGACACGAGCAACAGCAGCAGUGGGUCGCUGGUGCUGCCAGCGCCUCACUCAGGUCCAUUCAUGGACGGCAGGGAGUGUGAAACACCCACGUUUCGAGGCAGAGGGGUGCCAAAAAACGGUAGAGGAGGAGGGGCAGCAGCUGCUGGCGUUGCUGCAGCUGCUGCUGCUGCCGCCUCCUCCAUAUCACCCUCUCAGCCGUUUUUUGACAGCAGACAAGGGCCGAACGGGGCAAAUGGGAUGCUCGCUGCUACAGCUGCAGCCCUCCCCCAACCACCCCUGGACGGUUUGAAUGGAGCAAGCUACAGCAACAUCUGCUCCUCUCAGCGUGGUAUUGAUGUCUCCUUUGGCAACUCCUGUGAGCAGCAGCAGCAGCAGCAGGGCGAGACAGAGGAGCUCUUAUUUGGCUCGGCUUCCUUUCAAUCCAGACCGCCAACAGAGGCAGCGUGCCAGACACGCCGACAACAGCAGCAGAAGCAACAGCAGCAGCAGCAGCAGCAGCAGCAGCAGCAGCAGCAGCAGCAGCAGCAGCAGCAGCAGCAGCAGCAGCAGCAGCAGCAGCAGCAGCAGCAGCAGCAGCAGCAGCAGCAGCAGCAGCAGCAGCAGCAGCAGCAGCAGCAGCAGCAGCAGCAGCAGGGAGGAGUGGGGCUGAGAAGGCAGAGGUCUGGCGUGCAGCGCAGCAGCAAGCCGGCUCCCCUGGUGGUGCGCAGUGGGAUGGGUCUCGCUGCUGCUGUGGCCGCCGCUGCUGCAGCUGCAGGGGAUGGCCGGCUGGACUCCUCUGCUUCACUCUCUGCUGUGGCUCAUGCGCUCUCGUCCUCACCUCGUCCCGUGGAAGCAUGA